AUGUCGCCAUCACCCGGGCGUCCCCUCGCCCUGCGAGAACGACUCAGUCUCGCUCGGACAAACGCUGGCUACCCAGCUAUUAUCACUAUGGCGGUUGUAUACCCAUCAUCCUCCUCUGCGCCUUCAGAUGUCUUUCUUGCCCGCCGGAUCGCCGAGAUUCAAACACAUUUCCCUCAGCUCUAUGCCCGAGUCGCAGCAGCGCACACGACGGAUCCUGUACAGAUUCUGCGGGACAGGCCUUGGAAGAGCUCAGAGGUACUCCGAAAAGGGGUCUAUCUCCCUCAACAGACCAAAGACAAAGAGUUUGCUGCGGUACUGCAUCUCGACGGGCAAAGGAUGAUGCAAGAGGACUUUGACAAUGCUCCGCUUUGGCAGAUCACUGUCUAUGCGAGCACCUCUCAGUCCAGAGUAUAUGUGGCACUCUCCGUUGAGCACGUCAUGAUAGAUGGGCGUGGCAUGGCCAAUCUCUUUCAAGCUCUUCUCGCCGAAGACAUCUCCCACCUGCCCCAGGAGACGCUGGAAGCAACUCCGCGGGCUGAGGAUACAAUCAACAUGAGACCGUCUUUGGCAUUUGCUGUCCCUCUCAUUUGGUACCACAUCGUUCUCCCCCGCCUUCCCAGCUUUCUCCAGACUUACUUUGCCCCUGCAAAACCAUGGCCAGCAGAACAGAUCGACAUAUCGCCCCUGGCUUCUCCCUCGGCACUUUCUCUCUUUAGCCUAUCCUCGGGCGACGUUUCCCAGCUCAAAGCACUCGCCAGGCUGCAUAAAGUGCCGGCUUUGAAUGCCGUUCUGCUUGCUAUGUACGGCCUGGCGGUAUGGUCAAAGUACGGCUACACUCUGCGCCCCUUUCGGCUGGUCGCCAUCUCUGCCCGAUCCGAACGAGACGCGUCCCUCGGCCAUGCCUACGCCCUCUCCAACUAUGUCAGCUCGCACCAAAUUGAUGUUUGCAUCCAGUCCGGAGACGACUUUUGGACUAUUGCCAGGAAGGUGUCGUAUGACACGAGCAAUCCUCGGGCAAUAUCGCAUGCCAGGAUGAGGAUGGGCAUGAUCGCCCAGAUUCCUGAUGGCAUUUACAUCUCGCCCAACGGUGAGCCCGACCCCUGCCGACCGACACUCUUUGAAGAUUUCCUUCUGAAUAACGCGAGCCUUCCCACACCUUUCACCAAUGGUUUCGCUCUCUCCAAUUUGGGCUUGUUGCCGCUUCCUGAAGGCGCAGAGGAUUUAGCUUGGGCACAGGUAGCAAACGGGCUGGGAGGAGAGGUCUUUACAGUGGCUGUUGUGGGGCAUCAGGAUGGUGUCAGGCUCAGUACAAGUUUCAAGGAUGGUUCGGCUGUGAGGAGAAGUGAGGUGGAAGAUGUGGAACAGAUCUUUGGGAUCAUCUUGGGAAGGUUGUUGGAUGGGAUGGACACGGUGGACGAAUUGAUACGUAGGAGAUAA